AUGUUCAUCGAGCAAGAUGGUUGUAGUCGGCGUGGGGCGGCGCAAGGUCUCUGCGCAGUCCCCCCAGCCUUGAGCUCUCAAGACUAUCAGCGUGGGGCGGUGUCAAGGUCUCCGACAGAUGUGGCCGUGCUCUUUACGGCGCAGAUCGGGCGGAAGAAGCCGGUCUGGCGCGAGGGUCGAAUUCGGAUCAUUCGAGGAAGCGCUGUCCUCGUUAAUGCGGAGGGCGCGCGGCUCGAGGCGACGCCGGCAGAUUCGCUUCAGAAAUGGCUGCAGCAAGGGGGUGAGCUGUGCUUAGAGCGGCACAAGCUUCUCUUGGAGAUCGAGGGCGAGGAACGUGCUGAUUUGCAAAGUGAGCCAGAGGAGCCGAAGCGGAAGGCUCACUGUGCUCCCUUCCGGGCACCGCGCUCCACGCCGCGCCUUCUUCACGUGGCGGCAGGGGCUGCUGCUGCGAAGGCCCCGGCCCCGAUGCAUGCCACGGGCCUGGACGGCUCUCCUCAGCAAAUGGACCUGUGGCAUCGCUGUGCUGCAGCCGUGGAGAAGGUGGCCCGGCGCGAGGCUGAAGGCCUGAAGCGGACGGACCUCUGGGAAGCCGCCCGCCACGAGGAGGCCCUGAUGAACAAGUUCCGCCGGAUUUGGCGUGCAGAGCCGGGUCGCGGAGCAGGUGUGGAAGGAUGA